AUGACAGACGCAGGCGACGACGAUGUCCCGGUAGGAAAACGCGAGUCGCACUUCAACAACCAGCGCUCUUCGCAUCGCUCCUCACUCCGCUCAGAAGUCUCCUUGGGCCAGCUCCAUCGCAUGCGAACCCAUAGCGACUUGCGACGCCUGGACGACUUUGGCCUCGAUCUCGAUUUCGAGAGAGCACAGGCAGAUCGCACAGAUCGCACAGACAGCGAGGCUCCGCCUUCGCCCUCUUCUGCCGCGUCGCCGGCCCCCAACGUCCCGUACACGCGCAGUCGAGGGAACAGCGACACGAGGCGAACGUGGAGAAGCGCAAAGCGCACAUCACGCAGUACAGCCGAGUCGAAUGCCGGAGAGGGACGCGCAGUCGAACAGGUUCCUGCUCCGGAGUCGUGGGUACAUUUGCUCGAGCUGAAUACGCAAUCGCCAAAUCCCCAGCCACCGCUGCAGCCGCCAUGGACUCAAGGCCAGACUAGACGCGCAGGGAGUUAUCAGACUCAGAUGCAGCGCGCUAGAGGAUCCUCUUUCCCAGGUCUAGGAAUCGGCAUCCCGGGGAUUGCGUCAGACUCGCAUUUGAACAUUACGGCAUUGCCAAAUAGGAACGAGGAGAAGUUGGAAGAGGAGGGCGGGGCGAGAUAUCAUGGGUCAAAACCGACGCCGCAAGCGCAAAGAGCGUCAGAAGUCAUGACCGAGCUGUACACGAUAUCCUACCUGAUAUUCUUUUCCAUCUGGGGCACAUUGGCACGCGUGGGUCUACAGGCACUGACAUUCUACCCCGGCGCACCUGUCGUAUUUUCCGAAUUAUGGUCCAACGUCGCUGGCACACUGGUCAUGGGAUUCCUCGCUGAGGAUCGCAAGCUAUUCCGUCUGGCAUGGGGAAUUGGCGGGGCCAACCUACCAGAACCACUAGAUCGGCCAGCAGAGCCUGAUACGGCAGAAUACCACAAAGCCAAAGCUCGACAUGGCAAGAUCAAGAAGACGAUACCAGUAUAUAUUGGCCUAGUUACAGGCUUCUGCGGCUCAUGUACCUCUUUCUCGAGUUUUAUCCGCGAUGUAUUUCUCUCGCUAUCAAACGACCUGCCCUCUCCCAUUAGCCACCCCUAUCCGGUCAACACACCCCUGCCAUCCACCUAUGAUACGGUCAGUCGAAAUGGCGGAUACUCUUUCAUGGCCAUUUGCGCCACCAUCAUCAUAACAGUAACAGCGUGCUACUCGGCACUCAAACUAGGGUCCCAUCUCGCCGUCUUCCUCGACCCUUACACACCCACGCUGCCUUUUCGCUUCACGCGCCGAGUCGUGGACCCGAUGUUUGUUUUCUUGGGAUGGGGCACUUGGAUCGGUGCAGUUCUCAUGGCAGUGUUUCCACCGCAGAAUGCCUGGCGCGGACAAGCUAUUUUCGCGUGCGUAUUUGCGCCCCUUGGCUGUCUACUUCGGUACUACAUUUCCUGUUGGCUGAAUGCGACGAAUCCCAAUUUCCCACUUGGUACCUUCACCGUGAAUGUAUUCGGCACAGCGGUGUUGGGCAUGGCAUACGAUCUACAGCAUGUUUCGUUGAGCACAACUGGGCUGAUGGGAGGGGGUAUCAUUGGCUGUCAGGUCCUGCAAGGCAUCGAGGAUGGGUUCUGCGGCGCUUUGACGACGGUGUCGACGUGGAUGAGCGAGAUUGACUCACUAAAGAGACGGUAUGCAUAUAUGUAUGGGGCAGUGAGUGUGGUGGCUAGUUUGUGUCUGCUGAUUGUCAUUAUGGGCAGUGUGAGGUGGACAGUUGGGUGGCAUGCAAUUAUUUGCAAGACUUGA